AUGUCUACAGCAUCUCUUUCCACAACCACUACCAUCUCUUCAGGAUACACGAACGACGUGUCGAUGUCGAAGAUCUUUACCUUGGUCUUGAAGGCGGCAAAAAAGCCAAUUCCCUUUGUCAAAAAGAAGGGCGUUGAGACUAUUACAGUGCCUCUGGAAUAUCUAAAGGCAGCUUCUGGGUUAAUCCCGGUGCCUGCCCUUGGACCAGCAACGGAUAUUGUCCUGUCCAUCUUGAAAAAGGUGGAUCAGAGCCAGCAGAAUACGGGGACCGCCCGUGAAAUCGUAAAUCUGUGCUUGAAGGCUCAUGUCACUCUAUCCGAGCAUCUGCAGAGCGUAGAAAUCACGCCUGCCUUAUUGGACAGUAUUGGACAGUUUGAAGCGGAUUUGCAUGAUGUCCAAAACACUGUCGAAGAGUAUGAACAGAAGAUGUCGAUUGAACGAACGCUCUAUUCUAAAUCAUACAACGAUGAGUUGCAACGCAUCGAAAAACGGGUCAACAGUACUCUGUCGCUUUUCCAAAUCAAGAAGUUACUUUCGCUUGAAGAAACCUGCGCAAAGAUUUAUGCAUACCUACAGCACAUUGAACAGAAUGCUGGAGAGAAUAGCACAUCCCUACAGCGUAUCGAACAGAAUACUGUGGUGCUUAUGAAUCGCUCUGAACCUGCUCCGAAGCCCGAAGAACCACUGGUAGAUAUCGUGCGGAGAAGCCAACUCACUCUCUGCGAAGAGAUCACUCGUGGUUCAGGGUAUAACCUUCAAAGAGCAGAAAUGCAUGGAAAGAUCGUUACAAUCAAAGUGUUCACAGGCUGUAAAGCGAAAUCGACGUGGGAAGCGUCAAAUACGUUGGACUUGAAAGUUAUGCAUCCCAAUCUACCUCACCUUAUCGGAGCUUCAAGUUCUGAUGAGCGGGGGGCGCCGUUCUCGGUGUAUGAUCUCGAUAUUAAGUACGGUUUUGACGAUGUCAUCCCGUCAUGGUCGACGAUUGAUUCCGAUAUCAUUCUCUAUUCUUUGCUCGACAAGAUGAGCGGAUGGACUCAUUUGUGCGAACAAACAAGUUUGUUCGCUCCGUUUGACGAAGUAGACUGUGAUCUUCUUUAUGAUGCCCGCGGACGAUUCAUCCUCUCACUCCCUGGACCGGAAGCGGCCAGCUCCUCAACUGCCUUGGUCUCCCCUGCGGACUAUGCCAUAUUUGAGUUUGUGAUGGGUGACAACCGCCAUAACGCUGAGGUUGGUACUCCUGUUUGCUUGGCUUGA